GCCUGGAAAGGGUGUUUGAUACCAAAGUUCCGACAGAAGAUAAAGUUCCAUUCUCCACAGCAUCUAGCUGCUAUGAUCAACAGUAUGGCUAAGGUCGGGGUAUGGGAUGACGAACUGGGGGAGAGGGUAGUGACAGUGCAGGAUGCAGUACGAUAG